GUAUAACAUAUAACACAUAAAUCUCAUUGGGGGAUAUUGCUGAAUACAUCGUAGUCCGAUUUUCCGUAUAGUUUACGAAAUGCUAUCACUGGAUUUGAAUAGCUACCAAAGUAGCAUAUGUUUUGAUCUUUACAUGCUUUGUGCACUUUUUUUUGUAACUGAACUAAAAGAUAAAUUAAGCAGUAAUACCGAAUAUCAAAUGCAACGGGUUCGCCGACUUUACUUCAGUUCCAAUCCAGCCCAAAUGAUCUAACACACAAUUGUGAAUUGUUAGUUGCCAACAGCUGAUGCCUGCUAAAAAAUUAAAACCUGUGUCGUGUCCAUAUUGAAUUCCAAAAACAAAUCAAAACAAUUUUCUUACAUUUUGUGCUAAAUACAGAAUACGCAAUCAAGGUAGUGCAUAACAAAGACAGCGUAAGAAAAUAAUGUCAUCAGUAGAUAAAGCAAAGGAUAGUAAAGAUGCGAAAGUGGACUCUGGGAAUAGGGCUUCAACGCCCGUAUUGGGAGGUCAGCAGCUGGAUGCUGAAAAAGAGAAAGAAGCGUUUACAACCAAAGCAGCAGAAAACGGUUCUGGACGGGAACUAACUACUAAGGAGGCAUAUUUUGCUAGUCUCAACGAAUGGGUUAAACAAGCCAAUAUCUCACAGAAUGCCAUGGCCCUUUUUCCCUGGUAUUUAUUAAAUAGCUACCCGCAAUUAUUCCAAACUCAGCAAGGCAUGCCCUUUGGAGGCGUAAUACCACCUGGCGGUGUUGCAACAAAUUUGAAUGCUGCCGAUGCCAACGUUCUUGGUGGGCGCGGACGAGUUUUAUUUCAGUACCGUAUUCUGAGCGAUCAGGUACAAGCUGAACUUAUUCAGCGAACAGGCGGUUACGAGUAUAUUAUUGCACCCUUCUGGAAACGUGUUGUUGCAGAAAUAAUCGAUAUGAUGAUAUUGUUGGUGCUAAAAAUUGUGGUGACAUUUACGAUAAUGAAUUUAUUUGAUAUGGACUUGGGCUUUGACCUUGACAAAGAAUCUCUGCGCAAGGCCAUUGAAGAUGAUGACUACGCCGGAUUUUUAACAGUAUCCAUGGAUUUUCUAGCGUUUUCUUCCGAUCUUCUGAUGCUUGAGCUCCUAACAAAAAUACUAGUUUGUUUUUAUGAGGCCAUAUGGACAGCGGCCUACAAUGGCGCUACACCAGGAAAAGCUGCUAUGAAAUUGCGUAUUCAGUAUGUUGAAGCGGUUUAUCCAUUACAACCGCCAGCGGACAUGCAACCACCUCUGCCGCCAUUAGCCAGACAAUUUCAGGGCUUCCAAGCUCAACGUGUGCCAAUUAGCGCACUUAUAUUUCCAGCUGAAGUGCCAACAUUCCAGCGCGCUUUUUUGCGCGCGGUAUGCAAAAAUUUGAUAAUGACCCUAUUUUUCCCAAUGUGUUUUAUUAUGAUUUUCUUUAAAAAUAAUCGUACGGCAUAUGACAUAGUGACCAAAACGAUAGUAGUGGAGGCGAAUCCGAACCCCAUACUUCGACGCCCACCCCUGCAGCAAUGAAAUGGCAUCGAGUUUUUGGACUGCUUCAAACUAGAUACCUUUAGAGGUUUUUGUAUAGUAUUUUUUCUCAUCUAUAGUGUUAUCAUUGCGUUUAUUGUUUCUUCCUUCGCCUAUUUAUUCGACUUACGUAAAUUUCUGAAAUCUUGAGUAAAUAAAACCUUUGUAGAUAUAUGUAA